UGUUUGGGAAUCGGACUACACUGGUCAUGCUAUGUGUUUUGAUUCAUUAAAAAGAACAGGUUCAUUAGAGUCAUUUGUUUGGGAAUCGGACUACACUGGUCAUGCUAUGUGUUUUGAUUCAUUAAAAAGAACAGGUUCAUUAGAGUCAUUUGUUUGGGAAUCGGACUACACUGGUCAUGUUAUGUGUUUUGAUUCAUUAAAAAGAACAGGUUCAUUAGAGUCAUUUGUUUGGGAAUCGGACUACACUGGUCAUGCUAUGUGUUUUGAUUCAUUAAAAAGAACAGGUUCAUUAGAGUCAUUUGUUUGGGAAUCGGACUACACUGGUCAUGCUAUGUGUUUUGUUUCAUUGAAAAGAACAGGUUCAUUAGAGUCAUUUGUUUGGGAAUCGGACUACACUGGUUAUGCUAUGUGUUUUGUUUCAUUAGAGUCAUUUGUUUGGGAAUCGGACUACACUGGUCAUGCUAUGUGUUUUGUUUCAUUGAAAAGAACAGGUCCAUUAGAGUCAUUUGUUUGGGAAUCGGACUACACUGGUCUUGCUAUGUGUUUUGUUUCAUUAGAGUCAUUUGUUUGGGAAUCGGACUACACUGGUCAUGCUAUGUGUUUUGUUUCAUUAGAGUCAUUUGUUUGGGAAUCGGACUACACUGGUCAUGCUAUGUGUUUUGUUUCAUUAGAGUCAUUUGUUUGGGAAUCGGACUACACUGGUCAUGCUAUGUGUUUUGUUUCAUUAGAGUCAUUUGUUUGGGAAUUGGAUUACACUGGUCAUGCUAUGUGUUUCAUUUCAUUAGAGUCAUUUGUUUGGGAAUCGGACUACACUGGUCAUGCUAUGUGUUUUGAUUCACUGAAAAGAACAGGUCCAUUAGAGUCAUUUGUUUGGCAAUCGGACUACACUGGUCUAGCUAUGUGUUUUGUUUCAUUGAAAAGAACAGGUUCAUUAGAGUCAUUUGUUUGGGAAUCGGACUACACUGGUCAUGCUAUGUGUUUUGUUUCAUUGAAAAGAACAGGUCCAUUAGAGUCAUUUGUUUGGGAAUCGGACUACACUGGUCUUGCUAUGUGUUUUGUUUCAUUAGAGUCAUUUGUUUGGGAAUCGGACUACAUUGGUCAUGCUAUGUGUUUUGUUUCAUUAGAGUCAUUUGUUUGGGAAUCGGACUACACUGGAUAAGCUAUGUUUUUUGAUUCAUUAAAAAGAACCGGUUCAUUAGAGUCAUUUGUUUGGGAAUCGGACUACACUGGUCUUGCUAUGUGUUUUGUUUCAUUAGAG